AGAAGCAUGUGGACUACUACAGUCUGUAUGAUGUUGGCAUUGGUUAUCCACGGGUUUAACACGGCGGCGUUGGACAGUCGCGUUAUGAAUACGACGAGCGGCAUCGUGCGUGGAUUCACGCAGCAAGUGAACGACGCACCUGUCGCAACAUUCCUUGGAAUACCGUACGCCCAGCCUCCUGUUGGGCGGCUGAGAUUCCGGCGACCCAGAUCAGUGCAUCCGUGGAAGGGCGUGAAGGAGGCAACUGCAUAUGGACCAGCGUGCGCGCAGGGGCGGACCGACAGUAGGGAGGAUUGCCUCUUCAUCAACGUUUGGUCGCUGGUCGCGCGAGCGCCCCCUCGCGCCAUCAUGGUCUAUAUUCACGGAGGCGGCUUCAGGAAAGGUGACGCUGCCAUCGACAGCGCCAUCUUAGCUAGCGCCACCGGCGUCGUCGUUUUCUCGAUGAGCUACAGACUCGGCGUCUUCGGGUUUCUUUAUCUUGACGACUCGGAGGCGCCUGGUAACAUGGGCUUGCUGGAUCAGCUGCUAGCACUGCGGUGGAUAAAGGCAAACGCGGACAGGUUCGGCGGUGAUCCGAGGAAAAUCACGAUAUUCGGCAGCAGCGCAGGGGCGGCAAGUGUCAGCUACCAGCUGCUGUCACCGUUAUCUCGUAACUUGUUUCGUUAUUCGAUUAUGUCGAGUGGGUCAGCUCUGAGUCCAUGGGCCUACACAAGGCAAUCGGUUGCAAAGCAUCGAGGGUACGUGCUCGCUAAUAAUACGCAAUGUCAUCGGAGAGUCGUCCAGAAGAUUACCAAGUGCCUGCGCCAUCUACCGGCUACAGUGCUCGUGACGGCGCAGACGAAAAUACAGAAAACCAAAGGGAUCAUCGACUUCCCAUUCGUGCCAACCGUAGACGGUUAUUUCAUUGCUGAACCCCCGAUAAAACUGUUUACAAGUGGUGUAUUCAAUAUAUCGUCUGUGCUGAUGGGCAGCACAAGAGACGAGGGCACCACGUUCACGAUCCAAGCUUUUAAAAGUCUCUUUCCAAUGACGCACAAUUUAACCAUUUCGCGUCGCGAAUACGUCGCCGCCGUGAGGAAAAUAUUACCUGCGGCAUCCAGCGGGAACAUCUCGAAUGCCAUUACAGGUUGCCAACACGGCCACUGGCCGUACCACGGCACGUCUAAUGGCACGUCGAACGGCAUGGAGCUCAUCGCAAUCACUGGCGACUACAACUUUCUUUGCACGGUUACACGGCAAGGUGUACUGACCGCGCGAAGGCAAGCAGUCGUGUACAUGUACCUGUUCUCCUAUCGGCCUAAGAUAGCGAAUCGUCCGAGCUGGUACGGUGUGCCGCAUGGUGCGGAGGAACACUUCGUGUUUGGAGGCCCGUUACGGUCAAAGACGUCGUCCCCAGCCGAAAAACAACUAUCGUUUGAGUUGAUGACCUACUGGAGCAACUUUGCCAAAAGCGGGAAUCCUAACUACGGCGACCUGGAAACUGACAGCACUCGCCAAUAUUGGCCCUCGUACACAACCGGGGGACGCUACUAUCUCACACUUGAUACGGGCGCAGCGGAAGAGUAUAGGCAAGGCCCAAGAACUACGCAAUGCGAGUAUUGGGAAACCUUUGCCCCUGUUUCUCGUAAUCGAAAAUCCUAUUUAAAUAUUCCUUAAACAGUUUAACAAUGCAUGCGCGUUUAUGUAACCAUUGCGCACGUAUGCGCCGAUCGCAUUACCCGAUAGUAUAGCGUGUAACAUAUAGGUGAUUCUGAUGGAUCAGGUAACCUCUACGAAACAGUGUGUAUUGGUUACAUUUGCGUAUAACUAACGUUGUGAUGUUUAUUAAACUAGAAUAAUAUUAUCAGGAGUGAAUAAUAAUAGAGGAGUAUGACUCGUUUGAAACACGAGAAAUUCAUCAUUUCCAUGCCCAAAUUUACCUAUGAUAUAUUACGUCAAAUCCAAUAAAAAUGACAUCCGAAUCUAUUAUCAUUCACUCCUGAUAUUAUUAUAUUUUUGUCAUCGCCUUGCAACUAUAUAUUUAGUAAUAUAUACCGU